UGGUAGCGUUGGUAGCUACGCCUACGCGCACUGUGGAGCGCGCGAGCCUCGUUUCACUGAGAAUUGAAUUCGCGGUUGACGUGGAGCUGUGUCCGGCUCACACACAUACACACACACUCCCAUUCUCUUCGCAGCUUUUUUCUCAUCUACCUCCUCUUCCCUCAUGCACCAUUUCUUCACAAUUCGCUCACCUAAAAACCAACCCACGACAAUUUUCAGUUCAGUUUUGUUCUCUCCGGAUUUUGUCUUCCCUUUCCAUGGAUUCCCUCGAAUCAUCAACGCCCGCAUCGGAAAAUCCCUACACUCUGCUCUUCAAGGCCACCACGAUGAUACCCAUUUCGCAUUACGCAUUGGGUCUUUUGAUUGUCGGUGUUGUUUUUUUGUACAAUUUCUUGGAGUUCCAUUUCUUUGAAGAUCUUGUAUUCCGAGGAAGUCCGGUGACUCUGACGUACAAUUCUUGCUCCGAGAUUUAUCAAGGCGUUGCCUCCAAGUGUCGAAUUCUUCACGGAAGGUAUUUGACGACGCCGUGGCUCUCGAGUCCUCAUAUUCAGACUACUUUCUUGAAUUUCUUUGGAAGGCCUCCUGCUUUUUGCUACAGAAGACAGAUAUUUCAUACAUCAGAUGGCGGAACAAUUGCUUUGGAUUGGCUAAUGAGUUCCGAUGUUUCAGGAGAUGCUAUAUACAGGAAUAGUUCUAUUUCUAAAGAUGACACAACCCCUAUUAUGGUAGUGAUACCUGGUUUAACAAGUGAUUCUACUUCCCCCUACAUAAAGCAUAUUGCGUUCAAUACGGCGAAACGUGGAUGGAACGUUGUCGUUGGCAACCACAGAGGAUUGGGUGGCAUUUCUGUCACUUCCGAUUGCUUUUACAAUGCUGGUUGGACUGAGGAUACAAGGGAAGUUAUUCAUUAUCUCCAUCAUGAAUAUGCCAAGGCUCCCCUAUUUGCUGUUGGAACUAGUAUCGGUGCUAACAUUCUGAUCGGUGACAGGUUCAUAUCUCGCAGGCUUAUACAGAAGUUAUAUGACAGAGCUCUUACCAUUGGUCUUCAAGGUUACGCACAAUUACAUCAACCUCAAUAUACUCGCCUAGCUGAUUGGGACGGCAUUAAAAAGUCACGUUCUAUUCGAGAUUUUGACAACUAUGCCACAUGCCUUGUUGGAAAGUUUGAGACUGUGGAUACAUACUACAGACGUUGCAGCAGCUCUAGUUUUGUGGGACAUGUGUCAGUGCCGCUACUCUGUAUCAGUGCUUUGGAUGACCCAGUUUGUACCAAGGAGGCCAUUCCUUGGGAUGAGUGCAGAGCAAAUAAAAAUAUUGUCCUGGCUACAACAAAGCACGGUGGACAUCUGGCAUUUUUCGAAGGAUUAACAGCUACUAGUCUCUGGUGGGUAGGGGCAACUUUUGAAUUCCUCAGCAUCCUCCAUUGUAGUUCGUAUAUGCAUAUACAAAAUAAGACACAAAAUCCCGAACCGCAUUCUUCAUUUGAAUCUUCAAUCGAUCAGGGGCCAUAUCUUAACAUUACAGACGGAAUGGUGGCCGCAAUGGGCAAUGAUCUAGUGACAAAUGAUGUGGUAGAAGACUUACAAGAAGUGCAGAGGAGUCCUGAUCAAGAGACUGAUGAAGCGGUUUUAGAUUCAAAACAAGGCGAACUCAUUACUGAAGCAAAGCCCAGUCACACGGCCAACACGGGCCAGACAUCCAAACAAGCUGCCGGAGGAAUCAAGGAUGGCCUCUCUUUCGAUAUAACUAAUCCGAUUAGAAGAUGCUUAAACCACCUUUCUCGACAAAAUAGAACAUCUAUGUGGUUGCUCGGUUAUAUUGCCAUCGUAUCAACUUGGCCAUUGGUCGGAGCAGCUAUUCGAGCAGUGUUCAAUAAGAAGCUCAGAAGUGCAUUACCUGCAAAGUUACAGAGAGCAUAGAUCUUCAUGCUAGUAAAUCACAUCCAUAAUAUGCACAUGUAACUUGUGUGAUUUUCUAAAGAUAUUAAGGUUUGGGGAUAAUUGUCUAAAUCAGUUACCCUUAGAGUCUAGUCUGAUGGGCAAAGUGGUUAUUUUAAAAUUUAAAUAAUUUAAACUGUACAACUAAACACUCAUUUUUGUUACUCAUUAUUUUGAUAUGAGUGAAGAAGAUGGGUGUCUGGUUAUAUGCUUUAGGUCGUUUGAAUUGUAAAAUCAUAUUUUUGUCUGUCAUGUUAGGGAUAAUGAUUUAGGAAAUAAAAGAAAAAGGAAAGAGGUGGGAAAAGUGAAUAAAUCAGAAGUUUAUCUUUUUAUUUUCUCA